GUAUCUUUCCCCAUUACAGACACUUCACCUAAAUCACAAAAUCAAACAUGGCUGAUGAGGAGAAAAAAGCAGCGGCACCGGCACCAGCUCCAGCAGCAGCACCAGCGGCAGCUCCCGCCGCUGCUCCUGCGGCGGCACCAGCUGCAGCAGCACCCGCGGCCGGUGCAGCAGCACCUGCAGCCGGGGCCAAACCAGCAGCUGCACCCGCUGCUGGGGCAGCUCCUGCAGCAGGAGCGGCACCCGCUGCCGGAGCAGCACCUGCCGCUGGCGCUGCACCAGCUAAAAAUGGCAAAGUCGAUGAGGCAAAGAAGGCUAAACAAGCCGAAAUCGAACGCAAGCGUGCUGAAGUACGCAAGCGUAUGGAAGAAGCUUCCAAGGCUAAGAAGGCCAAGAAGGGUUUCAUGACCCCCGAAAGAAAGAAGAAACUCAGGUUGUUGCUCCGCAAGAAAGCCGCUGAAGAAUUGAAGAAAGAACAAGAACGCAAAGCCGCCGAACGCAGACGUAUCAUUGAAGAACGUUGUGGCAGCCCCAGAAACCUUAGUGAUGCCAGCGAAGCCCAAUUACAAAAGAUUUGUCAAGAAUAUUACGAUCGUAUGUAUACUUGCGAAGGCCAGAAAUGGGAUCUGGAAUACGAAGUCAGGAAAAAAGACUGGGAGAUCAACGAUCUCAAUGCCCAAGUUAACGAUCUUCGUGGCAAGUUCGUCAAGCCUGCUUUGAAGAAGGUUUCCAAGUACGAAAACAAAUUCGCCAAGCUCCAAAAGAAGGCUGCCGAAUUCAACUUCCGUAACCAAUUGAAGGUUGUCAAGAAGAAGGAAUUCACAUUGGAAGAAGAAGAAAAGGAGAAAAAGAUUAAAGAUAGUGUAUUAACUAAAGCCAAAAAGUAAGAAACCCGACUGGUCCAAGGGCAAACCCGCUGAUGCCAAGGUAAAGGAGGAAGCUGAAGUUGAAGCUUAAGUGUUCCCGAUUUAUACUAUUUUGACCGUAUCCCGCCCUAAUUUUUAAAUAAAUCAUUUAUAAUUUUUUUCAACAAAUAUGUACAUCUAAAUUUAUGAAAAAAGAAAAAAAAAACGUCACAAAAAAAAAUUCACAACAUUUUUAUUUUCUAAAUACAAA